UGUGAAAAAAAAAAAAAAAAAGGAGACCGUGUUUUCGGUCAGACAAAAAAAAAUAGUUCAAAAAGACUUAGACUAAUUGAUUUCUUUUUGCUAAUUUAAACGGUGUGUGUAGCAGGUGAAACCAGCUUCAGGUUUCUUGUUUUGGAACACUCUUUCUAACUAUGGGAGGAUUUUUCUCUGUUCCAUUGUCAGGUGAUCAAGUAUCGAAAGAUGUUUCUCAAGUUUCAUGCUUCAAACCGAGUUACAUUAAUAGUCUCCAGGAGAAUCUCGCAGCUAUGCAGAGAGACAUGGAAGAGCUCAAGGCAAGACAAACUGAUGUGUUGAGAAGGGUCGAGAGCGAAGAGGAAACCAGAAGUAUGCAACGGACUGCACAAGUCAUGAAGCUCAACGAUCUCAAAUCUGAAAGUAUUACUAAAACGGCUACAAAGGGGAACGUUACUCUGGACGCUAGCGCUAUAGAGGAGCUGCAACACUUGAAACGACUAGAAAGCUUAAAGAUAGACAUAGACAUCUCCUCAGGUUCCGCUUUGAAGAAACUGUUUAGCGCUCUUGGCAUCGAAGAGUUAUGUAUUAGAGAUCUUCAGAGAGACGAAGCACAUCUAGUUUUGCCGACAACGAUGGAGCAGCUCCGUAAAAUCGUCAUAAAGAGCUGUGGCAUAGUGGAGAUUGAGAUUGGGAGGGAAUCAUACGACACGUUUCUGAUUCUCGAGCGUGACUAUAACUGGCUGCGGUGGACUCAAGGAUCUGACGUGGCUCCUGUUUGUUCCAAAACUUGCUCACCUUAAGCUUCAGCGUUUAGACGAGGUGGAAGAGAUCAUAAGCGAGAGUAACAAACUAUAACAGAGUAACAAACUUAGAACUGCCUCUUAACAUUACUGAAUCAUGUACAUGGGUAUUUAUACAAGUAUAUAGAGAGUAUGUAU